UUGGUGUACUAUGAUAUGGGAGAGUACGAAAAAGCAAAAGAUUUUUAUGAAAGAGCGAUAGAAAUUGAAACGAAAGUAUUUGGAAAUGGACAUGUUAAUAUUGCGAAAAUGUACAACAAUCUGGGUUUGGUUUACUAUGAUAUGGGAGAGUACGAAAAAGCAAAAGAUUUUUAUGAACGAGCGUUAGAAAUUGACACGAAAACAUUUGGACCUGACCAUGUUAAUAUUGCGAUAAGGUACAACAAACUGGGUUUGGUUUACUAUAAUAUGGGAGAUUACGAAAUAGCAAAAGAUUUUUAUGAAAGAGCCAUAGAAAUUAAAACAAAAGCGUUUGGACCUGACCAUGUUAAUAUUGCGAAAACAUACAACAAUCUGGCUUUCGUUUACUAUGAUAUGGGAGAGUACGAAAAAGCAAAAGAUUUUUAUGAAAGAGUGAUAGAAAUUGAAACGAAAGUAUUUGGAUCUGAACAUGUUAAUAUUGCGUCAAUGUACAUCAAUCUGGGUUUCGUUUACUAUAGAAUGGGAGAGUACGAUAAAGCAAAAGAUUUUUAUGAAAGAGCGAUAGAAAUUGAAACGAAAACAUUUGGACCUGAACAUGUUAAUAUUGCGAAUACGUACAACAAUCUGUGUUUGGUUUACUAUGAUAUGGGAGAGUACAAAAAAGCAAAAGAUUUUUAUGAAAGAGCCAUAGAAAUUGAAACGAAAACAUUUGUACCUGACCAUGUUAAUUUUGCGAAAACGUACAUUAAUCUGGCUUUGGUUUACAGUGAAAUGGGAGAGUACGAAGAAGCAAAAGAUUUUUAUGAACGAGCGAUAGAAAUUAAAACGAAAACAUUUGUACUAUGUAUUAAUGCGAAACGAUACAUUAAUCUGGCUUUGGUUUACAGUGAAAUGGGAGUACGAAAAAACAAAAGAUUUUAUGAACGAGCGAUAGAAAUUAAAACGAAAACAUUUGUACCUGACCAUGUUAAUUUUGCGAAAACGUACAUUAAUCUGGCUUUGGUUUACAGUGAAAUGGGAGAGUACGAAGAAGCAAAAGAUUUUUAUGAACGAGCGAUAGAAAUUAAAACGAAAACAUUUGUACCUGACCAUGUUAAUUUUGCGAAAACGUACAUUAAUCUGGCUUUGGUUUACAGUGAAAUGGGAGAGUACGAAAAAGCAAAAGAUUUUUAUGAACGAGCGAUAGAAAUUAAAACGAAAACAUUUGUACCUGACCAUGUUAAUUUUGCGAAAACGUACAACAAUCUGGGUUGGAUUACAGUGAAAUGAGAGAGUACGAAAAAGCAAAAGAUUUUUAUGA